CUAGUUUCAACACCCCAUAGCAAAUCAAAGUCUCCUAAAGGAGAGCAUUUAGACAAUGACCCCAUUGGCCUCCGUUCUCUCUAUUCUUUAAAAUCUUACUCAAGCUUCUCUCAGCUACUCUCGAUCUUGCUCUUUUUUUAAAUUUAUUUUUCAUCGCAUGCAUUUUGGAAGAAAUGGCUGAUCAAGGUGGUGGUGGUGGUGGUGAUGGUGAUGGAGGAGGAAUGAGAGAAUACAGAAAAGGGAACUGGACUGUGGGGGAAACCAUGGUGCUGAUAGAAGCAAAACAGAUGGAUGAUGAGAGGAGAAUGAAGAGAAGCAGUGGUGGAGAUCAACAAAGUGAAGGUAGAGUUUCUAAACCAACCGAGCUGAGAUGGAAAUGGGUUGAAGAUUAUUGUUGGAGAAAAGGGUGUUUGAGGAGUCAAAACCAAUGCAAUGACAAGUGGGAUAAUCUCAUGAGAGACUACAAGAAAGUGAGAGAUUAUGAAAGAAAAGUUGCAGAAUCUGAACCACAACAGCAACAACAACAACAAUCUUAUUGGAAGAUGGAGAAGAAUGAGAGGAAAGAUAGGAACUUGCCAAGCAACAUGUUGUUUCAGAUAUAUGAAGCUCUAGUGGGGGUGGUGGAGAAGAAAGGAUCAGGUCAAAGAGUAAUGGUAAGUGGGUCAGCUUCAUAUCCUCAUGUGGUGAUCGAGAGGCCUUUAACUUUACUUCAUCAUCACCAUUCGUUGCCUCCUCAUAUUCCUCUUCCACCGCCCCCUCCUCAGCCACAUGUAGCUGAUCAGCCACCACAGUCUCAUCAAUCAGACUCGGAUACAAGUGGUUACUCAGACUCCCCUGCAAAGAGGAGGAGGAGAUAUGGAGGAGAGGGAGCAAGCGAAAGUGCAAGUGCUUCUCAUGAAGUGGGCACAGCCAUUUCCAAAAGUGCUGCCAUAAUAGCAGAAGCCCUUCAGGCCUCUGAAGAGAGAGAGGAGAGAAGACAUAAAGAUCUUGUAAGUCUCCAUGAGAGAAGACUCCAGAUUGAAAAAGACAAGACUGAGAUUAACAAGGAAGGAAUCAACGGCCUUGUUGAUGCCAUUAACAAGCUUGCUAACUCCAUCCUUGUUUUGGCCUCCAAAAAGAGCCAGCAAUCUUCUUCUUCCUCACCUCCAUCAUAACCACCAUCAUCUUCAUCUUCAUCUCAAGAUAGGUUCAGUCAAAGAGAAAGAGAGAGCUCAAUCCCAUUUUAUUGUACAUAUAAUUGAUUGAUAAUUAAUUAAUCCCACAUCCAUUUUUAUGUUGUAUGCUCAUAUAUUUUUAUGUUAUGUCUCUUAAACCCUAAUUAAUUAGGGCUUGAUAAUGUUAUUGUAAUAUGCAUUGAUUCUUGAAUGAAUUCAUAUGGGUCGGAUAGAUAACUUGA